UCCGGCUCGCGGUGCUGCGGUCCGGGCAUUAGGAGUUGCAGAAGUAACGGAUCUAAAAACUUUCUGUCCGCAAGUGUUUUCGCCUGAAAUAGCGCUUCAACUAGAGUCUGAGGCUUCAUCCUUCAGGGGAAAACAUGGCUCUUUAAAACUGUCACCGUCUUCCUCCUCCACGUCAAGCUCCGCGUGCUUCGCUCGUGCAGCACUUUACGAGACUACUCCGAAACUAUGGGUUCUUCCACUGCUCCUUCAUCCAGCCAGUGCACGGUUUGUGCUUUUGAACAAUUUGAUCGAAGCAGACGACACAAUGGCGGCAUCGAUCCUUCGCCGGAAAAUUCCUCCCAUUUCCAUAGGCGAGCUCCGCGCUCCCUUUCUCCAACAGGCUAGCCACAGCCAAUCGGGGCCCGGGACGGGGGCGGAGCCUGUGGAGAGGCAGCACUUAAUUGGUGAUGGUCACUCAGACUGGAUGACGGAAAAAGUUGAUUUGUCUUCAUUUGUGUCAACGAGUGAAUCUUCUCCGAGCUCUUCCCUUCCACCCUCGCCAUUAGAACAUGAUGUCAAGGUGCCCUCGGAUCUGGAGGUCAUGACCUCUCUGCUGCAGGAGGAGUUGGCUCAGCUGGAGGACUACUUCCGCUCCGAGUCCACAUCCACGACAAGCAAGUUGGAGAAAUCUUCAAAAUGUGAUAAGGGUGCUCAAGCCAUGGGCUCCCAGUCUUAUUAUCAGUUACCAUAUGGGUCCUAUGGGUCCAGUCAAUCAGAAGCCAGCCCUGUGGUCGUUACCUUGGCGACAGGGGAACUGGACCUGCCGAGCUUCUGUGGCGGACCCAUUGGCAGAACCAAAAUUGCUCGUCCCGCUCCGUAUAACUACCAUCACCGGUACCACCACCACAACAACGGGCGACGAAUCAUCAGCGAGGCUGUGAAAGUAGGUGAAGAAGUUGGACUUGAUACGUGGGGCUCGAGGGGAGGUUACUCAGGAAGCACAGAGUUGUCUGUGAACCACUACUCCACACUGAAGACGGUCAGCAAGAACAGCCUGGGCAGUGUCAAGAAGGUGAGAGAAUGUGCGUUGUCUUUGAAGGAGGAGGAAAGUUAUUGUUUUUCAGAGGGAAUGUUUUGCAGCGAAGAGAUUGCGCGAGGUUUUUGUCUGGGCGGCUCGUACGAGAGCCACCACAAGCGAGACGGACAGUUGAUGCACAACGUGAAGGUCAACGUAAGUUACGACAGCACGGGGCUUGAUGUUUUGCACUGCGGCAAAGAUGGAGGACUUUCUGGAAGUAUCCCCCAAGAGACUAUGGUGGCCAGUGACGGCUACUUUCACCAGUCCAUGGCCAACACGGAGCCUUACCAUAGCUUUAUAGGUGACCUAGAUCAGCCGUCACAAGCACAGGCUGUAGAGCCCCAACAUGGCCACUACCUCUAUCCAGAAUGCCUUGCAGACCAAAGCUAUGAAUGUCUGUCCAGAGGGGAGGGUGAGGGGUCGCUGAUGGGUGCCCCCAUCCACCGCCCAACCCAGAGGCUAAAGGACGAGCACUGCUCCAUCAAGCCGUCGCUGGUGAUGAGCCCCACGUCUCUGGACUCCAACACUGGAGAGAAGAAGCAGAAGAAGAGAGACCAGAACAAAACUGCUGCUCACAGGUACAGGCUGCGUAAGAGGGCGGAGCUGGACUCUCUGGAGGAGGAGCUUCACGGCCUCGAGGGGCAGAACCGGGAGCUUCGCGACAAGGCGGAGUCGGUGGAGCGGGAAAUCCAGUACGUCAAAGAUUUACUGAUCGAGGUCUACAAGGCUCGCAGUCAGCGGCUCAAACAGGACGGCAGUGCCUAAUAAAACAAACAACACAACAACAACAAACAGAAACAGAAAGCCACCCGCCCGCCCCCAACGCUGACCUCACCUCCGAAAAAUCUCCCAACCAGCAAGAGAAAAGUCAAGAUCACCAACUGAUAUUUUGUCUCACAAAAAUGAAAUGGGAGUUGCAUGAUUUUCCUAGUUCUUUUCUAAAAUAUUAAAAACACACACACACACACUACACUACAAACACUCUUUCCUCUCAACGACGACGACGACAACAGGAGAAAGGAGAUGUUUCCAGUUGAGUAACUCGAGCUAUUCAAAGCCUUAGUGAGGUGUGGCUUCUUUUCCAGAGGAGAUGCUGAACUUGUCCGUGACCACUGUGAUCCGAACUGCACUCACAGCCUUGUGACGACCCGAGUUUGCGCUCGCAGCGAUUGAUCGUUUACAUAAAAAAAGACGAAGAAGAAGGAGAAGAAAAAAAAAAAAAAGCUCUUUGGAUCAUUAGUAGUGAUUGAAAAUUUGCUUGUGCUUUUUUUUUUGUGACACACACACACGCGACGGCAGCAUUGAGGCAGAUCCAUAAGAAAUAUAUAAAUAUAUAUAUAUAUUAUUUUCUAUUUUAUUUUAUUCAAUGUUCAUUUAUCAUUUGCUAAAAAAACAAUCGAGUGAAUAAAAGGAUUGUUGGAUUUUUUUUUUUUAAAAGCAAAGUGUGUUAACAUGCUCUACAAAUAUUCAUUUUCGGAAACAUUUAGAGAUUUGUAUAUCUAAAAUGUUGAGUAAUUACACUGCUUUAUGACACUGAAAUAUCCAAUGCAUGUUUGAUUUUUGGAAAAGCAUGUGCAAGUAUUAUUUGAAGGCGAUAUUCUGUUUUAUCUGCAUGGCUUCCAGAUCUCCACCACGUCAAUUUAAACUGAGUUGACUUUUGACUCUUUACUCCGUUUCCAGUGUGGCUCAUGCUUUUAUUUUGAAAAAAACGAAACAUUUGGCUUUUUUAUUCGCUUUUCUCUUUCGGCUGUAUUCUUGCGAACAAACAAUCACCUGUUGACGCAACAAUAAAUUGUUGUUGGGUAACGGUA